UCUCUCUCUCUCUCUCUCUCUCUCUCUCUCUCUCUCUCUCUCUGCAACGCUCCAAUGGCUAACAAAAACGAAGAACAGCAGCAGAGCACAACGAGAUCAUCGAUCAUGGAGUGGAAGCACAUGCACCCACUUCACCAAAUCGCUGAAACACCCACGCACAAGCUCCUCCUGAAGCAGUGGCUGAAAGAAGAGGAACUCAUCAAUACCCGCAUAGCGCUGAAGGAGACUCAAAUAGAUUCUACGCGCAAAGAGAUCACCACACUCUACAUCUUCUUCUUCCUCUUCCACUCCACCACUCUCAUGCUCCUCUUCAACUCUUCACAAUCAUCACCGUCUUCUUCCUGUCACAGGUCAUGGUUCCCUUCACUUUGCUCUCUGCUAUUCUCGCUCGGAGUGAUGUGGGCCCUGCGCUACAAAAGCGCUGUGGAGGCUCACAUGGAGAGGAUGCUGGUGCGGGAGAAGGAGGACAAAGGGUUACUGGGUAAGUGCGUGGAGGAGUUGAAGAAGAAAGGGUUGGAGUUUGAUUUGAUGAAGGAAGUGGAUGCUUUGAGGAGAGCCAAGAGUUUGAGAGUGGAGACCAAAGAUGUUAGGAAAUGGUCUUCAAGGGACUUUGUUUUCUUGUUUUUCUUCUCCAUGGCUUGCUUCUCUCUUGUUCUCACAAGGGUCAUCUUAUGCAGUUAGAAAGUGUCAACUACUAUUACCAUUACCAUUAUUGCAAGGGUCGCAGUUGCAGAAUGUACUGUUCUGCUUUUAAAUGUGUAAUUUCGGCAUACUAUAUUGAACUUGUGGAAUAAAGUUAUAGUUUAGUUUCAAUUCUGAUCA